AUGGGAGACAUUACACCCCAAACCCAAGUUGAGCUGCCAUCUUCCGAGCGCUGCGAACCUGGUUCUCUCCCUCUAGCUAUCGCCCAAGUCCCUGAGAUCUCACCAGCAGAUUCAAUCGAUGCCCACACUGUAGCUUCUAAAUGGAUCUCGUCAAUCAACAAGACCCUGAAUACAUCGAAUUUCGGUGAAAUAUCAAAUCUCUUCCUCACAGAAUCCUAUUGGCGAGACCAGCUCUGCUUGUCAUGGGACUUCCAUACCCUUCACGGACCAGAGAAGAUUGCCUCCAUCCUCAAGGAAUCCAAGAAUGGCUCUCGUAUCAAGUGGCUAGAUCUGGACACGAGUUCGGCUCUUCGCUCACCUACUGCAAAACUCAAUGAUGAAGGCAAAGUAGUCGAAGUGCAGGCAUUCCUCACCGUCGUAACCGAUGUCGGAAGCGGAGCAGGUAUUGUAAAGCUGGUACCGCAAAAGGGAACUUGGAAAGCGUUCACGCUGUUCACUUUCUUGAAGGGACUCAAAGGUCACGAGGAGUCGGUUGGGAAGAGAAGACCAGUAGGGGUCGAGCACGGAGAGCAUACAUCUCAGAAAAACUGGCUCGAUCGGCGGGUCGAUGAGGGCGCUUUCAGCGAGGGCGAUGAACCAACUGUUCUGAUUCUCGGCGCUGGUCAAGCGGGGUUAACAAUCGCGGCGAGACUGAAGAUGCUCGGUGUCAAGUCAUUGAUUAUCGACCGUGAGCUACAGAUUGGUGACAAUUGGAGAACUCGAUAUCAUCAGUUGGUCCUGCACGAUCCAAUUUGGUUUGACCAUCUACCCUACCUUCCAUUUCCGGAUACUUGGCCAAUCUUUACACCAAAGGACAAGUUGGGAGACUGGUUCGAAUCUUACGUUAAGCUGCUGGAAUUGAAUGCCUGGACACAGACGAGUAUCAAGGAGUCAUCGUGGGAUGAUUCCACUGCUUCUUGGACCGUCGAAGUGGAGCGAACAGAGAAUGGAAAGACAACAACUCGAACUCUUCAUCCACAGCACAUUAUCCAAGCCACGGGUGCUAGUGGGGAAGCAAACAUCCCUGAUAUCAAAGGACUCUCAACCUUCAAGGGUGACCGUAUCGUUCACUCAUCUAAAUACACCGCUGCCAAACCAUCACAUGGCGAGAACAAGCGUGCCAUAAUUGUCGGCUGCUGCAACUCGGGCCAUGAUAUUGCUCAAAAUUAUCACGAGAAUGGAUAUGCAGUCACAAUGGUCCAGCGAUCUUCAACAUUUGUCAUCUCAGCAGAGACGAAUGUAGCAGGGUUAGUUCCAUUGUACUGUGAAGGCAGCCCACCAACGGAGGAUUCGGAUAUCAUGAACUUCGGAGUUCCCAACCCUGUCGUCAAGAAAACAGGUAUUGAUGAGACGAAAAUACAGCAAGAGGAAACAGACAGAGAAUUGCUUCAAGGACUGGAGAAGGCAGGCUUCAACCUUGAUAGAGGUCCUGGCGGAGCUGGCCUUUGGAUCAAGUAUCUGCAAAAGGGCGGCGGGUAUUACAUUGAUGUCGGCUGCUCGCAGCUCAUCAUCGACGGCAAGAUUAAAGUCAAACAAGGCCAAGAAAUCGCCGAGAUUCUUCCUAACGGUAUCAAAUUUGCAGAUGGCGAGAUCCUUGAGGCGGAUGAAAUCGUUUUGGCAACGGGUUACCUGAACAUGCGUACUCAAUGCCGAAAGAUCUUUGGCAGUGCGGUUGCGGAUCGCGUCAAGGAUGUUUGGGGCUUUGAUGAAGAGGGCGAGAGUAGGGCGCUUUGGAGGAAGAGUGGACAUCCUGGGUUCUGGUUUAUGGCAGGUAAUCUGGCUCUUUGCCGAUUUUACUCGAGACCACUUGCUCUGCAGAUCAAGGGGCUGGUGGAGGGAAUUUACAAGUAUGGUGAUUUGUGA